UUCACUGCAAAGAUGAAGAAGCUCAUUUACUUAGUCUUGUUUAAGACAGCUCUGCUUACUUUUACAAAUGUUUCUGCACUUGCAGAUGAACAUACCGAAGGUGUUAAAGAAGGAAAAGCUAUUGAUGCUUGUCCUAUAAAGCUCAAAAUCAAUGGGAAAUGUGAAGGAGAGGAAUGUCCAUACCAGAUAAACCUGCCUCCGAUGACCAUCCAGUUACCUAAGCAGUUCAGACUGAUUGAGAAUACUCUCAAAGAAGUACAAAAUCUUAAAGAUGAAGUAAACAAAUUGAAGAAAUCUUGCCAAGAUUGCAAGUUGCAGGCAGACGACAACCAAGAAAAAGACAGUACUGAAUUCCUGGCACCUAAUAGAGAAGUCCCAACAGAGAACAGUAAGAUACAAGAUAAAAGAAUAAAGGAAUUACAGAGCAAAGUUAAUAAACUGUCAGCCAGUUUGAAGAAUGCAAAGAAUCAGAUCCACUCACUGCAGGGUAAUGUGGAGAAAGGAAGCCUCAUAAACAUGGACAAUGUACAAAGUUACGUCGACAGCAAAGUAGCAAAUCUGACAUCUUUUUUGGAAAUUUUGGAUGACAGAUGUUCUUCUGAGUGUCCAGUCAUACAAUCAAGUUCUGCUAUACAACUAAUGCAGAGAGAUUGUGCUGAUUAUUACACAGCAGGUAUGAGGCAUAAUGGAAUCUACAGAGUUAUUCCAGAUCCAAAAAAUAGCAGCUUUGAGGUUUACUGUGACAUGGAAUCAAUGGGAGGUGGCUGGACAGUGCUACAGAUGCGUCAAGAUGGUAGCAUUAACUUCAACAGAACAUGGAAUGACUACAAAAAUGGCUUUGGAAAUCUCAGCGGGGAGUUUUGGCUGGGGAAUGAUAAAAUUCAUCUCCUGACCAAAAGCAAGGAUAUGCAGCUGAGAAUUGAGCUUGAAGAUUUCAAUGGUAUUCGAGAGUAUGCUAAAUAUGAACAGUUCUAUGUAGCCAAUGAAUAUCUCAAGUACCGUCUAAGUGUCACUGGCUAUAGUGGUACAGCUGGAGAUGCCCUGCACUUCAGUAAACAUUACAACCAUGAUCAAAAAUUCUUCACUACCCCGGACAAAGACAAUGAUAAGUAUCUAUCAGGAAAUUGUGGGGCUUACUACAGCUCUGGUUGGUGGUUUGAUAAAUGUUUGUCUGCCAACCUAAAUGGCAAAUACUAUCACCAAAAAUACAAAGGUGUUCGCAAUGGGAUUUUCUGGGGCACCUGGCAUGAUGUUUCUCAUGGUCUUCCAAAUGGUUAUAGGCAAGCUUUUAAACAGGUAAAAAUGAUGAUCAGACCCAAAGUCUUUGUGCCAUAAAUCAGCACCCUCUGCUGUAACCAGUUUGUAUUAGGUCAUACUAAAAUCAUCAUGCUUACUCAGUAUCAUAUUCAAAAUACAAAUAUUGGAGUAUUUUAAUAUUCAGUCCUAAUAUAAUCCUUCCAAGAUGAAAGAAAGUGUCUCAACAUAAAAUGUUUGAUUCCUCCCUCACGCCUUAUAAAGACAGUUUUAAUGGUUCAGAGUAGCUGUUGCUAAAACUUCAGCAUUGCUAAAUUCUGAAUUUGAAGGCAUUGAUUUUAAUGUUUCAGUUGUACUUUUACUAUCUGCAGCAUACCAGGUUUCUACAAUCUACAACUUUUUAAGGCUUCUACAAAGGUAGCUGAAUGAAAAUACAUAUUUUUGCCUGAAAAUAUCUCAAACAUUUCUGAUUACAUAUAACCACUUUAGAUACCGACUUUCAUCCUCUUAUAUGGAUCUCAUUAUAUCAUCUGUGUCUUCAUAAACAUUAAAGAUAGAUCAUCCCAACACCACCAUGAACUAAGAAAGUGGUAUCCCAUUUUAAAAUGACUGAGGCAGAGAUCACCUAAUUUCCUCAAAGUCACAAAGCAACAUUUGACACAGAGUCAGGAACUGAAAACAGAUUUUCUGAGUCUCAGUCCAGCCCCUUGACCAAGAGACCAUCCAACCAAGUAUAGUGGCAGAGUUGAACAAAAGCAAAUGGAAAGGGUGUGUAGUCUAAGUAUGGAGUGAAAUAGCACCUCCACAGCAUGUUUUCCCCCAAGCUGUUUGCUUCAAAACCAUGCUUUUUGCUUCUUUGAUGAAGGAACGUCAGCUACACAGCUUGUCAGGGAGCUAUGCUAGCAGGGCUGGAGCAGGAAGCAUCAGAAAGGAUUGAGUUCUUGUACUACUGCCUCCAGAUCUACAGAGAGAGUGUCUGGUUCCCUUAGAGCCUAAAACCCUGUGGUUUCACACCCAAAUCUCCCUUCCUCUGCAUCCUCUAUUCAAGGUGAACUUUAUUAGGUUGCAGGGAUUCAACUUUAAUUUUUUUAACUUGUCAGAACUUAUGUAUCAUCAGGAAAAAGAUUAUGUAGAAAAACACACAUAUAUAAAAUCAAAGUAGGGUUUUCCCCCCAAAUUUGAUGUGUUUGUCUUUUUUCCCUUAAAAUCAAAGAAAAACUAACAUCCAGUGAAUGACUUUUUUACAAUGAACAGAAGGGAAACCGAGAUGUUCUUGUUGUUGUUGUUCUGAAGUGUAAGAAAUAAAAUGUAACAGACGUUCAGACAUUUCAUGAAUUACCAACCAAAGAGACAUUGCAGAUCAUAAUGAAUACUGUACAUAGUGAAUUUAAAUUUUAUAAGAUUAAGGCCUUAGACCAGGUUUGCCAGAAUAGCUAUACUGACAAACCCUCCUUGUGCAGACACAGGUUAUACUGGCUCUCAGAAUGAAAUAAGUUAUAGCGGGACAAAGACUUUUUGCUGGUAUAACUGCAUCUACAGUAGGGCUUUUCCUGGCAUAGCUAUAUCAGUCAUGGGUAUGAUUUUUUCCACACCUAACCGACACAACUAUUCCAGCAAAAUUUUUAAGUGUAGUCUGGUCCAAUACUUACAAACAUGACAUUUACUACUUUUCGAUAUACCAAAUUGAAGUGUGCAUUAGUGAUUUAUGUACAAUGAUCUAUGGUGACAAUGACCAAAUUAUAAGAUAUUAAUAUAUUUUAAAGGAAUUAUAAAUAUUUUGAAGGAUAUUUUGAUGUGAAAUGUCAUUUGCUUUAUUAUGUUUUCAUUUUAAAAGAUGGAUAGAAGAUUAAUACUAUCAGAUGUAUACUCUUUGCUCGAGAACACAUUUUGAAGUUCCUUUUUAUCCUGAAAUAGAAUGUAAUUGUUUAAACAAAAAAAAGUUUUUGAUGCACUGGCUAGAAGAGCGAUUUUUAGUAGAAUAUUAUUAUAUUUAGUCAUUUGGUAUAAAGUGCACUAAUUGUUCCUAAACAAUAAUAAGUUUCCAAAGAAAUUUCUUUUUCACCUAGCUAAUUUGUUACAAGUGAAACUGACCUUUGUUUCUUGUUUAAAGAUCUUUUUUUUAAAUAUAGACAUUUUAAAAUCAGAAUACACAGCUGUAAUUUAUAUUAUUUACACGUUAAAGGGAAAAAAAAUCAGUCUAAUGUUGAUAUUUUCAAAGUUGGAUACUCCCUUUCUACUAUUGGACUGGAUUCUCCAAUUAUCCAGAUUAGUUUUAUACAAGUGUAACUUCAUUAAUUUCAAUGGCGUUACUCUCAAUUUACACUGGUGUGAAUAAAGUCUAAUUCACACCCAUUAUGUCCAUAUGGCAGUUAUAGUACUUGUUUUAAAGGUUCCUUGAUCUGAAUCCUCAAAAACAGUAUCUCACCAAUUAUUCCUUUGAUGUUCUAUAACAAUUCAAUCACUGAUGAAACAGACUACAGUAUGUGAACUCAGAAUGGCUAACUUUUGACAAAAGGGCUAUGGAAUUUUACACAGCUGACUAUGGGUACCUUCCAGCUAUAGAGGUGCAGUCCAUGGACACUACAGGUGAGCACACAAUACCAGUGGCUGAAUUCUCAGACAUCAAUGACUGGUUACUCAUCUACUGCUACAGAACAAUUGGAUCCCAGACCCUGUAGUUUUCACAGGCUGCAUCUCCAUAUUAAAGAUAAGGCAGCUGUAAACUGAUCUAUUUUUAAAUUAUGUGAGACUUUUGGGCUCAUGUACAGCUGUCAAUAUGAUCCUUGACGGGACAAAGUUUAGCAUCCCUGAACUAAAGCAUUUUAAAAAAAAACCCACCUUAUACAACCUAAACACUCUCUCUCUAUACAUGGGCUUAAUAAUGCAAAGUAUGUCUUUCAAUUAUAAAAA